UCAUGUGCAUGUAAUGAAAAGGCACUUGACAGUCGGCCAGGACGCACGCGAGGGAGCGCAAGCCGGCCGGACCGCGGCGCCGCCCGAGCCAAUCGCCGUCGUCGGCCUCUCCAUGGGCGAGCAGGAGGAGGGGGCGGUGAGCGCAACCCGCCGGGCCGCGGCCGCUCCGAGGUGAACGGCGCGGAGACCCGCUCGCGGCGCGGGGAGGCCGGGCGCGCCGCCGCUAUGAAUUCCGCCGAGCAGACCGUUACGUGGCUCAUUACCUUGGGGGUGCUGGAGUCGCCCAAGAAAACCAUCUCGGAUCCGGAGGGCUUCCUGCAGGCGUCUCUGAAGGAUGGAGUGGUCCUCUGCAGGCUGUUGGAGCGUCUGCUGCCCGGGACCAUCGAGAAAGUCUACCCGGAGCCCCGGAGCGAGAGCGAGUGCCUGAGCAACAUCCGCGAGUUUCUGCGAGGCUGCGGGGCCUCCCUGCGCCUGGAGACAUUUGAUGCAAAUGACUUGUACCAGGGGCAGAAUUUUAACAAGGUCCUCAGUUCCUUAGUGACUCUAAAUAAAGUAACAGCAGACAUUGGACUGGGAAGUGACUCUGUGUGUGCCCGGCCCUCAUCUCAUCGGAUAAAGUCUUUCGACUCCCUGGGAUCCCAGCCUUCACACAGUCGGACUUCAAAAUUGUUCCAGGGCCAGUAUCGAAGUUUGGACAUGACCGAUAACAGCAACAAUCAACUGGUAGUAAGAGCAAAGUUUAACUUCCAGCAGACAAAUGAAGAUGAGCUUUCCUUUACGAAAGGAGAUGUCAUCCAUGUCACUCGAGUGGAGGAAGGGGGCUGGUGGGAAGGCACACACAACGGCAGGACUGGCUGGUUCCCCAGCAACUAUGUGCGAGAGAUCAAGCCCAGUGAAAAGCCCGUGUCUCCCAAAUCUGGGACACUGAAGAGCCCUCCCAAAGGAUUCGAUACGACUGCCAUUAACAAAAGCUAUUACAAUGUGGUGCUACAGAAUAUUUUGGAAACAGAAAAUGAAUAUUCUAAGGAACUUCAGACUGUACUUUCAACCUAUCUACGGCCAUUGCAGACCAGUGAGAAGUUAAGUUCAGCAAACACUUCAUAUUUAAUGGGAAAUCUAGAAGAAAUAUGUUCUUUCCAGCAAAUGCUUGUACAGUCUUUAGAAGAAUGCACAAAGUUGCCUGAAGCUCAGCAGAGAGUUGGAGGCUGCUUUUUAAAUCUGAUGCCACAAAUGAAAACCUUGUACCUUUCAUAUUGUGCCAAUCACCCAUCUGCAGUGAAUGUUCUCACAGAGCACAGUGAGGAGUUGGGAGAGUUCAUGGAGAUGAAAGGUGCCAACAGUCCAGGGAUUCUCGUGUUGACCACUGGCCUCAGCAAACCAUUCAUGCGCCUGGAUAAGUACCCCACUCUGCUCAAGGAGCUCGAGAGACAUAUGGAGGAUUAUCAUCCAGAUAGACAAGAUAUUCAAAAAUCCAUGACUGCCUUCAAAAACCUUUCAGCCCAGUGUCAAGACAUACGGAAAAGGAAAGAGCUGGAGUUGCAGAUCCUAACAGAAGCCAUCCGGAGCUGGGAGGGAGAUGACAUUAAGACCCUGGGCAAUGUAAUCUACAUGUCCCAGGUCAUGAUUCAAUAUACUGGAAGUGAGGAAAAGAAUGAAAGAUAUCUUCUACUCUUCCCAAAUAUUUUGCUAAUGUUGUCUGCCAGUCCCAGGAUGAGUGGUUUUAUCUAUCAGGGAAAGCUACCAACGACAGGAAUGACAAUCACAAAGCUUGAAGACAGUGAAAAUCAUAGAAAUGCAUUUGAAAUAUCAGGGAGCAUGAUUGAGCGGAUAUUAGUGUCAUGCAACAACCAGCAGGACCUUCAUGAAUGGGUGGACCAUCUACAGAAGCAAACGAAAGUCACAUCUGUCAGCAACCCCCCCAUUAAGCCUCAUUCUGUGCCGUCUCAUACCCUCCCCUCCCAUUCUAUCACCCCAUCCAGCAAGCAUGCAGACAGCAAGCCGGUGCCACUGACGCCUGCCUACCACACGCUGCCCCACCCCUCCCACCACGGCACUCCACACACAACUAUCAACUGGGGGCCCCUGGAGCCUCCGAAAACCCCGAAACCAUGGAGUCUGAGCUGUCUGCGACCUGCACCUCCCCUCCGGCCCUCAGCUGCUCUCUGUUACAAAGAGGAUCUUAGUAAGAGUCCCAAGACCAUGAAGAAACUGCUACCUAAGCGUAAACCUGAGCGGAAGCCUUCAGACGAAGAGUUUGCACUGAGGAAAAGCACAGCUGCUUUGGAAGAAGAUGCACAGAUUUUGAAAGUCAUUGAAGCUUACUGCACAAGCGCCAAAACAAGGCAAACACUCAACUCAACAUGGCAAGGCACUGACCUGAUGCAUAAUCACGUCUUGGCUGAUGAUGACCAAUCAAGUCUAGACUCCUUGGGUCGUCGCAGUAGCCUUUCUCGUUUGGAGCCUUCAGACCUCUCGGAAGACUCUGACUAUGACAGUAUAUGGACAGCCCAUAGUUACAGAAUGGGUUCUACAUCUCGUUCACGUAAAGAAUCUGCUCCACAAGUUUUGCUUCCAGAAGAAGAAAAGAUUAUAGUUGAAGAAACGAAAAGCAAUGGUCAGACAGUGAUAGAAGAAAAGAGUCUUGUUGAUACUGUCUAUGCAUUGAAGGAUGAAGUCCAAGAGUUAAGACAGGAUAACAAGAAGAUGAAGAAAUCUUUGGAGGAAGAACAGAGAGCCCGCAAAGACCUGGAAAAGCUGGUGAGGAAAGUUCUAAAGAACAUGAACGACCCUGCUUGGGACGAGACCAACCUCUGAGGAAUGUGUUUGGUUAUUUCUUGAAGACCAGUUACGAGACCAAGCUGGGAGCCCCGUGCCCCAGCCGGUGUGACAUUCAGGACCACAGGGCAGGGCUGAUGGAGGUCGUCUUGCUCCUGUACAUACAAAAGCUGGAGUUCACGCGAAUAGAAACAGUCACAUAGUUCCUGAAGAAUCCAACAUGAGGUGUAGACACUGAGGGCAGACUACAUUACUCUUACUCUGGUAACAUCUCAAUUACCUCAUUUUGCAAUAAGAGCAGUGACUGAAUACAAAUCCUGGUCUUUCAGGCUUUUAUUAAAUCUAUAUAAAUAUUAUAGAUACAUAGGUCUUGUAAAUACCCCAUUUUGAAUGCAUACUCAUGAUUGUUAUAUCUGGGCUGAUACCCGUGCUAGAACUUCCUUCCCACUAACUUUCUGUUUGUGAACUAGAAGUUGUGUUAAUGCUUACAUGGAAAGCAGGGACGCAGAGGGCACCCGAAUGGCUUUUGGUAGAUGCCUGUUCACCACUGUAGUCUCCACAGUGCUCUAAAAGUACUUCCCACUUGAUUGCCUAACUAAUUUUACCUUAUUUAUAGCUGCAAAGAUACCUGAAUGCCAUUUGAAAGUCUUCUGUUAAAGCAGUAUUGCAGUCACUGGCGUGGGUGGCUCUGAGUGCCGCACUCUGGCUAACUGAGGGCCUGGGCCUCAGCCACGAAUCCGAGGAAAUCCCACACGUGCCACGGCGUCCAGCUACAGGUGCACCCUCUUGUCUGCUUCACGUGAAUACUGUGAUCGUCAGGGUGUAUUCACUGCACUUGGAGAGACCAUACAGACUUUUAUGUAUAGGCUAGUUUAAUAACUUGACAAAGUGCACUGUUCUCCCUCAAAAGAGAAAGCUUCACUAGAACUUGUAAAUAAAAUGUGUUGUUAAUGUCACUGCAGCAGUGAAGACGAACCAAGGUGGUGCUGUGAGCGGAUGUGGAUGGGUAGGAUUUCUUUGUCAGGCCAGUGUAAAGCCUGGGCUCUGUUUUAAGUCACGGUGCAGCAAGUAUUACUACAGUGCUCGCUGGGAAAGAGAGGAAUAAAGCAAUAUCCAUCCUAAAUUCCACCUAAGUAAUGAAGUUUAGAUGUGGGUCCAUUCUCUCCCUGUCUCCAAACUGCAGAGCAGACGGAGGAGGAAGCUGGUCCUAACCCUGUCUGCUGGCCUCUGGGCCAGGGGCCCUGGAAGCCUCGGCAGCCCCUGGGCAGGAAGCCCAGCCUGCAAGCCCAGCUUGUUGUUCUGCCUUGGAGAUAGGAGCACAGUGUUGGGACUGUGCUUUCCAUUUUCCUCUUCUAAAGAGGUGGUUUUAAAGUGAGAGGACUACUUCAUAGAAGGUCACUUCUCUAACUUGUUUUUUAAAAGCAGAAUCACAGCACUGUGCAUUGAGACUUCUCAGAAAUACCCAGUAGGCAUCAGAUGUGACUUUUUGUGAUUUUUCAACUAUUUAUUGGUCAAGUGACCCUGUAAUUGCAUCGGAAUCUUUGAUGCCUAUGAACUGGGUGGGCAACUUUGGAACUAGUUGGUUUUCUGGUUGUCCAUGGUUCUUGUUCUUUGCCCUUGCUAAUCAGCCCCUGUGCCUGCUUAUCUCCUCCUGGAGGGUGGUCACCUGAGUUGGCCCCCUCCUUGCUGCGAGCUCAGCAGGUGUGUCUGGGGCCCCGCAUUGACCUGUCCACACUUGACCUUUCAACUAGAAUUGCCAACUUUCUGUACUUAGCAUUUUGUUCAUUAGUGCUAGGAUUAGAAAAGAUUGUCUUUUCUUUUCUUUUUUUGGAAGCCCUAUUUUUACAGUAGUACUUUUUUGGUGAUGCAUAAGACAUUACAGUGAAAAGCAAUUACAUUUGAGUGUACUGAAGUUUGCUGUCUUAAGCAAAUUUUAACUCAGGAACAACAUUCAUCACCUGAUCUCUCCACCACUUUGAUGAGUGAAGUUGCCAUCAGCAUCCUGGACGGGUCUCUUACAGAACCUGCCUUAACUGUGGAUUAGAGGGACAAGUGAGAACACGUGUUUUCACUGUCCCGUCCCCUGAUGGGGUGACAGUUGAGAUACCUGUGUAAUGCAUUACCUUUCUUCCUGAGGAUCCAAUAUUUUACUAAGAUUUUGAGGGAGCAGAGAAAGUGCAUCCGAGAACCCUAUUUUGUACACAGACUGAUGUUUCUCCAUGACCUUCAGAGGGUUUGGGAGUUGAUGGGAAUGGGAGAAAGGGGCGCUGUUUACCCCAAGGGUUACUUCUCUGCUCUCACCUUUCAUGGACGAGGAGAUGAAGCCAUUCCUAUCCUGAGAUGUGAAGCACUUUUAUUCCCACACAGUACUGAGAUGUGGCAUCAGAGCCCUGUCCAUCGUGCUUUGCGGUGUGUGCCUGUCCACGUGCGCCAGGGCGUCCAGGCGUCGAAGGCUUCCCGGCUUUGUGUGGACUUCCUGUCCCUCACUUCAUUUCUUCAGGACACAGUCCCUGUUUACAGCAGUGGGGACAUUUCAUGCACAUGCCACAGACCGUCCUGGCGCUGACUACUCAUGCUACGUUGUUGUAAAUAUUAAA